AUGACGCAUAGGGGUGCAUUCAGAUGUAAUAGGCUACAAUUUGGAGUCAGCGUAGCACCAGGAUUGUUGCAAAGUGCCAUGGAACAACUUUUACAGGGCAUACCAGGAGUAGUCCCUUACUUUGACAAUGUCCUGGUAUCUGCUGCAAAUAAGGAACAACUCUUCAAUCAUUUGAGGAUUGUCUUAAAUAGAUUUAGGCAAAAGGGCCUUCUCGUAAAAAAGGAGAAAUGCCAAAUUGCGGUGCCCACGGUUGAAUUUCUAAGGUACCUGGUAGACAGCUCCCGGAUACACCCCACAAAUUCAAAAAUUAAGGCUAUUCAGGACGCCCCCACACCUCACAACCAGACUGAGCUACAGUCUGCUCCACCACCACGACAGCUGUAUUUCUGCCCCAUUUGCCUGCGGACGUUCCUUUACCAGUCUGACCUGGAGCGCCAUAGCAUCACCCAUUCAGAGAGUAAGCCGUACGUAUGCCGCGAAUGUGGCAAGGCCUUCAAGCGUUCCUCCCACCUUCAGCGGCACAAGCACAUCCACACCGGUGAGCGGCCCUUCAGCUGCCUCAUCUGCCGCAAGGGUUUCCGGGAAUCCGGCGAACUGUUGCGUCACCAGCGGGUCCAUACUGGGGAGAAGCCCUAUCAAUGCCAGAUCUGUCGACUGCGCUUUACAGAACGGAAUACCCUCCGUCGGCAUGCCAAGCGCAAACAUGCCCGUGAGACCUACUAUCAGCGCUCUGUGGAGGAAGGAGGGGGCAGUUGGACUAUGGAGGGGGACUGGGAAUCAGAAGUGGUAGUGGGAAGUGGGGACUGGACCACAGAGGAGCUUGGGAGCGGCUGGAGCAGUGAACCAGUGGAAAACUGGGUUGAGGGUGGGAAUCACUGGAGGGAAGCUUCAGAAAGGCAGGUGGGAAGCCUGCCUGGAGCCAUGACACAGAUAUUACAGAUGGAGCACAUCAAAGACAAAGACAAACCUGAGAUUCAACUCCCAUAAAUAUGAAGAAGUGGGAGAGACAGACACUGAAGGAUCUUUAAAUAAGUUUGUUCUGCCAUUAUCUGUUGGAUUAAAACUUUUUCUCUGUAAGAAAGGACAUGAAAGUAACAGAAGUAUCUUCUAGAACUGUUCUACAGUGUUUAAGCCUUUCAAAUAGCACUGUAUGGGCAUCACCAAAGACUAGAGAAGGCUGUUGGGGACAGGGAAUUGAGGCUGCCCCCCUUCAACAUUGUAUCACGAUAUCCAGAGCUGCUUUGAAGAUAGGGGAACAUUUCAUGUUUUUAAUUCUUUCGUAGGUGGAAAUGAAACCGAGAAUACUGUUUUCUUAAAUUUCCUGUGCUUUCUUGAAGAAUUAGUACAAAGAGAGUUGUGUUCCUCUCACAAUUGUACCAAACACAUUAUUGAUACAUGAUGAUCCUCUGUAAAAUGAAUUGCCCUCCCCACACACCUGAGCUGCUAUUUGUUUUGUUUUCCUUUAAAAUCCAUAUGGAUACAAGAGGGCAUAUUCUGUUUGCAAACACUUUAAUGAAUUAACAUAUGCAAAACAGUGCUGUCUUUUUUUCC